AUGUAUACGAUUGGGCCGGUUGUGAUUGUGGAAAAGGUAAAUGCCAAUGCUUAUAGGCUGAAAUUGCCUAGCCACAUUCAUUUUUCUGAUGUGUUAGUUGAACAUUUGUUGCCUUAUUAUGAUAAUUCUUCGGAUGAUGCGUUUGUUGUUAAUUUGAGGGCGAAUUUCACCUACCUAGAGGGGAAUGAUGCGAGCCCAAAUGUGGAGCAGCGGGCUAUUUUGUAUCUAGAGGUUUACUUGUAUUAUAUCAAUGUACCAAGCAAAUAUGAUAAGCUUGAGACCAAGUUCUUUGAAGAAAGAGCAGCUCUGGAAGCAAAAUACCAGAAACUGUAUGCUCCACUAUAUCUAAAGAGACACGACAUCGUGAAUAGUGUUGUUGAAGUUGAUGGAAACGUCGAUGAAACUGCGAUAGAUGUUAGAGAUGAUACAGCUAAAGAAGAUAAGGGUGCGCCAAGUUUUUGGUUAGAUGCAAUGAAAACGUUUUUUAAUCAUGUGCAUUAUUAUCAGAUUUCAGAGCGCGAUGAAGAAAUUCUCAAGUAUCUGAAGGACAUUAAGUGGUGUCCAAUAGAUAUUCAUAAGAGUUUUAAGCUUGAGUUCUUCUUUGACACGAAUCCGUUUUUUGAGAACUCUAUUUUGACAAAAGUGUACCAUAUGGCUGAUUAUGAUGAGAAUCUUUUAAAGAAGGCGAUAGGAACAGAGAUUAAAUGGUUACCUGAAGAAUGCUUGUCACAAACAAUACUGAAAAAGAAGCCUCCAAAGGAUGGAUCCGAGAAUGCUAAACCCAUAGCCAAAACGGAGGAUUGCAAAAGUUUUUUCAACUUCUUUAAUCCUGUACAAAUGCUUGAAGAUGAGGAUGACAUUGAUGAAGAGAUGUUUAAAAGGCUUAUAAAUCAACUGGAGAAAGACUAUUCCAUUGGUUCAACCUUCCGGGACAAAAUAAUCCCUCAUGCGGUCUCUUGGUUUACUGGUGAAGCUUUCGCAGAUGAAUUUGGAAGUAUUGAAGAUUUUGGUUUUUAA